GAGCACCGGACCAUCGACACGCACCUCCACAUGCUCGACUUCCUGCAGAAGUCGUCGGGCACGCGGACGAUCCUGGAGGCCAUGGACGGCUGCGGCUGCGACAAGGCCGUGCUCAUCGGCAUGCCCUGCUGCAAGAAGUGGUCCAAGGACGAGCCCGAGGAGCCCCUCUACUACCAGGACGACAACGGCCAGCUCUACGUCUACUCCUACUGCGACCAGAUGAUCGCGGACGCGUGGCUCGCGCUCCCCGACGACAAGCGGAAGCGCUUCGCGCCCGUCAUGGCGUCGUUCAACCCGACGGACAUCAACUCCAUCAACCACGUCGAGCGCAUGUGGAACAAGUACCCGGGCAUGUGGCGCGGCAUCGGCGAGGUCAUGUGCCGCCACGACGACCUGACGACGCUGCUCCAGGAGAACGAGACGCCCUGCAUGAACCACGUCGCGCUCGAGCCCAUGUACGAGUUCUGCGUCAAGCACGGCCUCAACUGCAUGAUGCACCAGAACGCGGACCGCACGGCCAAGGUCGAGUCCAACGGCUUCUACGAGUACCAGUUCGAGAUGGAGCAGGUCCUCGAGAAGUUCCCCGAGCUCAAGCUCGUCUGGUGCCACGCGGGCGUGUCGCGGCGCACCUUCGAGCCGAACCACCACGAGAUGCUCGACGAGCUCAUGGACAAGUACCCGAACCUCACGGCGGACAUCUCCUGGGUCGUCUGGGAGCUCACGAUCUGCGGCGAGGACGGCGUGCCCAAGCCGGGCUGGGUCGACCUCUUCGAGAAGUACCCGGACCGGUUCACGAUCGGCUCGGACCAGGUCGGCCAGUUCAUCGGGCCGGGCGGCCAG